ACAAUGGGAAAAGGGAAGUCAAACUGCGCACCGCUCUCCGCGGGAACAAAGGCAGCGCGCAGCCUAGCAGCGGGCGGACCCGGCCAGGCCCUGCCCCCUACUUGAGCACACGCGCGGAUGGAGCCCCCUGGAGCCCGGCGGCCCGGGCGCGAUGACGUAUGCCGCCCGACGGUGCGUGAUGAUGACAGCGCGUGCGCUUGGUGGCUCACAGGGAAGAUGGCCGCUGCUUCUUUAGAGGAGAGGGACUGAGCGGGGCGGAGGGAGGAGGCCAGACGGGAGACACUCCCGCCAGUAAAGACGAGCCCUUUUCUCGUAUUCAGUAGGAGCUCUGCUCAGCGCCGGAGGUCCUAGAACGAACACAUCACCAUGGCCACAGAAAUUGGUUCUCCUCCUCGUUUUUUCCAUAUGCCAAGGUUCCAGCACCAGGCCCCUCGACAGCUGUUUUAUAAACGACCUGAUUUUGCGCAGCAGCAAGCCAUGCAGCAGCUCACCUUCGAUGGGAAGCGCAUGAGAAAGGCAGUGAACCGGAAAACUAUAGACUAUAAUCCAUCUGUGAUUAAGUAUUUGGAGAAUAGAAUAUGGCAAAGAGACCAGAGAGAUAUGCGAGCAAUUCAGCCUGAUGCAGGUUAUUAUAAUGAUUUGGUCCCGCCCAUAGGGAUGUUGAAUAAUCCUAUGAAUGCAGUAACAACAAAAUUUGUUCGAACAUCAACAAAUAAAGUCAAGUGUCCAGUAUUUGUUGUUAGGUGGACCCCAGAAGGUCGAAGGCUGGUCACCGGGGCUUCUAGUGGAGAAUUCACGCUGUGGAAUGGACUCACUUUCAAUUUUGAAACUAUAUUACAGGCUCACGAUAGCCCAGUGCGGGCCAUGACUUGGUCACAUAAUGACAUGUGGAUGUUGACAGCAGACCACGGAGGAUAUGUGAAAUAUUGGCAGUCGAACAUGAACAACGUCAAGAUGUUCCAGGCACAUAAGGAGGCGAUUAGAGAGGCCAGUUUCUCACCCACGGAUAAUAAAUUUGCUACAUGCUCUGAUGACGGCACUGUUAGAAUCUGGGAUUUUCUUCGUUGCCAUGAGGAAAGAAUUCUCCGAGGUAGCUCUAAAUUCCAGAAAUUCUUCUGUUACAACAAAUCUGCUUCCUUAAAACUUGUCCUUCCUUCUGCGAUAUGAAAAAUUAAGUCUGUACUCUUCUCCAUGGCAGCCCUUGAAGUAUUUGAAGACAGCUGUCAUGUGUUCUUAGUGUAUAUAGUCUUUACAGCUGUAAGCAUGAAAGAUCCCUGUGUGUGGCAGAAGCCAUGAUACCAACCAUUGAGUGCAGAAUAUACAGGUGCAUUUUAGUGUUCUUUCUGAGAUUGUUCUUAUGCUUCUUGGAAAAGGAAAAAGUUACACCGGAGAAAAGUAAUCAAUAUUUUAAGGUUAAAAUGAGCAUAGAUCUAUUGUCAGGAGAUUUGCUACUCAAAAGAUGAUGAUUGGUCCAUAGUAGGAAAAACAAUCACUUAUGAAAUUGAGUAUACUUCAGCAUUUACCAUGUAAUAUGUCCACCCAUCACUGAAGCAUAUACAAAGCCAGCAAAAUUUAUAUACAUUUACCCUUCUUUUUUAGUGUGAAUUCUAGCACUCAGUUUAUGGACUAGGAUUAAAAUAACAUUUAAGUGCUGAGAGUACACUAGUCUACAUAAGUGUCUAGGUUAUUGAUGUUUAUACAUUUGACAUCAAGUGAAAUAUAGCCAUUAAACUAAACUCCAUUUAUUUAAUUAAUGAGCAUAUGCUAUAUAGUAUAUGGGUUUGGCUUUUUUUUUCUUUUCUUUUUUUUUUUUUUACAAGAUAUGACCCCUACCCUUACGCUUUUUAAAUUCUAGUACGGAGGAUAUUUUCACAGACUUAGGAUGUUGGAUAAUAUGGGAGAAGAGUCAUAAUACUGUCAGGAGUGUGGUUUUAUCAGUGUAGGGUUAGAAGCAGAUUACUUAGGACUGGUUAAAAUGUAUAUGAGCAAGAUUGAAAGAACCAAAUCAGUAAGAAAACUAAAGUAAAUUUUAGAAGCAGAAUACUCUUAAAAAAGAAUCCAAUUUAAAGUUUCAGCAUGCUUUAAGUUUGAUUUGCUUUCUUGGUUUUUAACAGUACCUGAAGUAUUCUAGUCAUUAUGUAUCAGGCAUGUUCUAAGCAUUUCAUCUUCCCAGUAAUCCUCUGAGAUGAAUACUGUUUGGCCCACUUUUUACAAAUGAGUAACCAAUGUACAAAAAAAGUAAACUUGCCCAAGGUCAUAUAGCCUGAAAGAGGUGGAGCUAGUAUUUGAACCCAGAUUGUUUGACUCCAGAGUUCAUACUCUGAACCACUAUUGCCUCUUAUAUUUUAAAAGUAAUAUCAGCGUAGUGGUAGUAAUGUCUUCCUGAGCUUGUGAUGAUUGAAUUGGAGAGUAGGAUUUUGGGGGGACAGGAUAGGUGUGGGUAGAGGGAACUAAUUUAGGUACCCAAGUUCCUUUUACCUUUUGUCUUUAAAACUAUCCAUAUGGGUUAUACGUUUUCAGUGUAUGCUAUAUUUCACAACAAAAAAAUUAAACCACAAUGAAUAGUUCAAACUGCAAGAGAGUUAAGAUAUACUAGAUUACAUAAAUAGAAUAUGGGCAUAAAGGAGUUAUCUGAGACUUAUUUAGGAGGUAAGAUCUGUUUCCAGUUUUCAAAUACAGCAGUCAUGGAGAGGAAAUGAACCCCUAAAUACACACAGCUAAAGAAAAAGGAUGUUACCAUACUUCUGAUAAGUCCGUGUAUCCCUUUCUGACUGCAUCUGGCUGUAGUUUUUAAUAAAUGACAUAAACCCCUGUGUAAAGAUCUUAUGGUUCAGCAGUGUGUUUUUGGAUUGUGUGAAGAUGUGUUUGCAAAGUUUGAGUGUCUUCAAAAUAUCUGAUGCUUUUUAUUGGAAAUAAUUUUACUUACUAAAGUAAAAUUGGCAAACCACAUGGUUUAUGAUUAACUGACCUAAUUUAUUUGUACAGUGUCUUUCAAAACAUUCCACAAAAUCUUGUCUAUUCUCCCCAAGAUAAAAACAGAAACACCUAGCUUCCUUUGAAAUAGCCUUUAGCAGCAUAACUCCUUUCACUAACAUAGCAUAUCUUAAUAUUAAAAGCACUUUAGGCACAUCUCAUUUAAUCAUUCAGACAACCAGGUGAACCCAGUUUAUAUAUGCACACCUAUUUUCUCUGUAUGUGAUUCCUUACUUUGAGGAAGAGCUUAUUUUAAGGUUCUUUUCCUUCUGCUAUUCUGAAAAGACCGGAUCAUGGUUGGCUCCCCUAUGUAAAUCAUUAUCUGAGUGAAUUAUGAAGGAGAAGAAGAAUCUUUACUUCUGAGGCACAUUAUUUGAAGAAAUUAAUGUAGUAGGGUCCUGAAAUCAUUUUAUAUGUUGCAUUCACAUUUUUCUAAGAACAUUUCAGAUUUUUAUACUGGGAUUGGACUUUGUUCUUUCUAUCUCUGUAUUUGUUUUAAAUAUUGCAUAUAAUAUGGCAAAAACUUGUUGAAAAUAGAUCUGUGGCUUUCUUCUAAUGUUAGAGCUACACACAGCUGCUAUCAUGUUCAGUGUUUUAGGUGAGAGGAGCAAUUCCCAGACACUCUUCUGUAUAGAAAGAGUCUGAUUUUUUGACUGUGACAUAUCACUGUGAUUAAUAAUUUAGGCAGUCAAUUCAGUUUUCAGAAAGAGCCUUUGCAUCUUUACAGAAUUUAUUGAGUAUUCUAUAAUUGCUUCAGUUUAUUUUGACUGAGACUUAAUUUCUAUUUGCUGAUGAAUUAGUUACCCUGUUACAUUGUGGAGCUUCCCAGCUAAUCAGGUCUUUGAUUGUUUUUAAAGUUAAAAUACAGAGCUUUGGAAAGAGCUGAUAAAAUUAGAUACAUAUAUAAUAGGCUUUUGGCUGUUCAUUUUUAGUGGGUAGAUGCUUUAAUAAAUGUACAAACUAAGUAUAUGCUUUCAUCAAAAAUAAUUUGCCAUGGAGGGAGGGAGGCUAAGUAUCAAAAUAGUUUUCUCACAGUCACUUUUUUCCCUUUAAUCACUUUUUUUACAGUAUACCACAAAGCCAUUUUAAAGUUUGAUUUAAAUCAUAUCUCAGGAAUUUCUGAGAUGCAUCUACAUUGCUGUGAUCUCUUAAGCUACAAAGAAACCAAAACAAGAAUUUGUUUACAGGAAGAAAUGGUAGUUUCUAAGUCAUUUGUCCUUUUGUAUAGAUUGUUUCAUGAAACAGACUUAAUUUCUCCAAAAUACACUAUUAAUUCUCUAAAGCCAGUCUGCUUUAGAGCCAGACUCAGAUCUCUUUCUGUCCCUCCCCCUGCCCCUCUUCGAAUGUAUUUUAAUGUAGUUCUUUUUGUGAGAACUUCACCUUGUCAGCCUGGGUGUAGAGCAUCACAUGUUACUUGGAUUAGCUCAGUGACUUGUGUCUGCUUUAACUUGCCGUUAUCUUAAAAUAUUGCACUGGUCCCUUAAGAACACCACGAAGGGCCAGCCAGCACAGUGGGCCUGUGGUGCCUUUGAGCAGAGGUGGGUAGAGCUCCACAGCCCAGAACCAUCCAUCUGAAAAAAGAAUGCCUUCCAUAAUCUCCCUGUUGGCAAGCUAAACAGAGCGCAAUUUCAGCAAAGGAAAGCAUGUAACUCACACACAGUCUAUUAUCUUUCUACAGGAAAAGUUUUCCAUAUUAGAUACAAAUAUGAUCUUCUAUAUCCUUCCCAUCCCCUAUAUUCUAGGCCUAUAUAUAAUAAAUCUGAUCAUAUUUCCAUGUAAAAUCCUUUAAAUAAAUUUGAAAAUGACAAAACUUAAUUGUGUCUUAUCCAAGCUAAAUAUACUAAACUUGUCUUUGCUCUUUCUCAUGAUUUCUAGACCCUUCCCCAUUCUGAUCAUUUCCCUCAGUAAUUAAGCUCCAUCAUUCUGAACACCCAUAUUUCCCAAAUGGAAGGUGCAGCAUCUCAAAAAUUCACACUAGACCUCUAAGACCCAGGAUCGUUGUUUGUGGACCCUCAUAAGCCAGUCUAGUAACUAACAAGCACUGGAAUUGAGGUUGAAAACCUGAAUGUAGGAUUUUAUAUAUUAAGUUUAUAUUAAGUUUAAUGUCAUCAUAUCUUGAAUCAUGACAUCUGGAGAACAUCUUGUUUGGAGUCCCCUGUAAAUUUGCAAAAGCAAGCUAUCUAGGUAAGAAAGGUUAAUAAACAAGACGGGCAAAGUAAAGAAUAUUUAGGCGCUCUGCACAAGGGCUUCACAGAUGAAGAAGGUGGUUUCACAAGCCUCCAAGGGAAAUAGACUUCCAAUCAUGUAAUUUUAAAGCUGUGAACUUUUAUCCUGAUCCGCAGAUUUGUUGCAAGGUUUCCUAUGGUUUGGCUACAAUUUCCUUGACUCCCUCCAGUAAUUCUGUAAAAAUAGGACUGUUUUAGCUGGUUCUCUGUGGGAGCAGUAAUGUCCACUAGCAUUUUGGAAAGACCUGUUCUCAGAGCCUGUAUGUGUGUGCACUGAUAUCUUUUUAGAAAAGUGUUACUUGUAGCAAUCACUGCCAGUCCAGACAAUGUUUUCAGUACUCUAAAGAUGCUUUCAUGCUUCUUUCCCGUCUAAAAAAAGUCCCAACUACUUUUACUAUGUAGUUUAGAUUUUCAAAGGCAUUUUCAUUAAAUCAUUUUUCCUUUUGCUCUUCAAGUUUAUUUUGUUUUGUGGUUUCUGUUUCCACUUUCCCUUGUGUAGAGCUGUCUUAAUUUCCUUUCCUUGAUUUGCCUGUGUACGCUUUUGAAAGUAACGUUUUACUACCUUUUCUGAUUAGCUUCAUUUUUGAGUUUCCUGCUACUGAAAGCAACACAGCAAAAACUAAUAUAUACAGUGUUGUGUUUGUUACAACUGCAGGUUCUGUAACCUGGGUGUUAGUUAAAGUUUUGACACUGGAGCAGGUCACACUGCUAUCUGUGUCUCAUCUGUAUCAUCGGGAUUAAUAAUUAACACUGUCUUUACUGAGUACUGAGAAUUAAGGGUUGAUUCAUGAGAAGUCCUUUAACACUAGUGUCCUGGUUAAGAGCGUCCAGUCAGUGUCAGCUGAUACGUCAUUUCCAAAGCUCAACUUCAGAGCCUGCCUCUAUAUCUCUGCCUGCGGACGGACAGACAACAGUGGUUAUUUAUUUCCCUCAAGUAAAAUUUUUUCAGCCAUUCAGUUUAAAAAUGCUGUUUUUCAACUAUUAUCAUUAGUUACAGUACUACAGGUUUUUAUUUACAGGUAGUCCAUAAGUGGGACCACUGGUUUAAAGAGAGUUGUCACGAUUUUCCAAGUUUUCAGAUGUAAAAAAAGUCAUCUCUUAGAAUUGGCAUUUUUAAAGGUCUCAUAUGGAAGCAUUUAAAGAUUAUUUAAAUUGUUAGAUGAAUCAAAUAUUUAAUGAUUACCAGUGGGGUCACGGUGCUGUACUUGGUUCUAUUUUUUAUCUAAACUCACAAGACACAGCCUCAUCCCUUAAGUGGCAUUUCCAGUGUUUCCCUAGUUCUUUGGUUUCUUAAGAUGUGUUUUGUGAAUUGGCCAAAUGGCCGUGAAGAAUGGGAAGCUGAACACACCGAAAACCAGCAGUUUUCAUGGUUGUGGCACUGCAGCAGACUGGUCCCUGGUGUCCAGAAUGUUUCAUUAGGACAAUGUUUCCUUUGCUCUGGGGAAGAAGUUUUUUGCUUUUUUUUUUUUCCUCUAUUGAUCAAAUUUAAUCACAAUAAUUACUUUCUAACUGUUUAGUAAUAAAAUUGGAUGAGUCCAGUGUUAACUUUGGUAAAAUGUUUGUCAUCUUCAAUGAGUAGGGUGGUCAGCAGUAAGCUAGGGUUCUUGGGGAAAGUGUAUCCCACACGGUAUCUUACCACAGUAGCAACAACCGAGAUAUAGAAAUGCAGUCUUGGGGAAAGUGUAUCCUAUAUGUAUUUUAUACUUAAGAAAUACUUAAAUACACUCUUGGGGAAAAAUGUAUCCUACAUAUUUUCUGGCACAGUACUGAAAACUUCAAUACUUUAAUGUUACCUCUUUGGGCCUCCUCAUCACCCUGUGCCCCUAGCCCAUCACACUUGCCAGAUGACAGAGACUAUUUGGGUCAUAACCUGUUCUGUUGUAGUCUCUGGUGGAAUUUGUUACUGAGGAUGUGGCAGGUCCAGCCUUACUGUUACAGUGGUUCUAGAGCAGAAGGGUGGCAUUAAAGGAGAUGAUAGGAGUUCAGAGUGCUGUCGGUUUAGUGAUUUCUGAACUUGAAUCCUGCUGCUUUCUUGAGGUUCUAUGUUAAAGUGUGUAGUUGCAGUGUUCUGGUACACCCUGAAUGUUAAAUAGGUCAGCAGUUUGGUGUUAUUAGUAUUUUAUAUAUGUUUUUUUGUGAUGAUUAAAUCAGAUCACUUAGUUUUCAGAGAUUUAUGGAAAUUGUUCUGUUUACAUCUUUUUAAAGUGUAUUAUCAAAAUAUUCUGCAAACAUUGUUAGUUUUAGAGAUUUAAUAUGCUAAUGUGCCACACAAGUAUAAAUUACCAAGUGUCCUCUGGGUAAAAAUAAAAUGUUUAUUAAAAAAAAAAUCUCUUCAAGAGUAUUUGGUAGACAUUUUAUAUGGUUUAUUAAAUUCUAGAAAAAUUAUUAAGUCAGUUACCAUAAAACACUUUAACUUUUUGAAUUAACUGUUCUAAAUAUAGGUUUUUGCUUUAUACUUUGGACUUUAAUGUGUCCUCUCAGUGAGCAGGUACGAUGAUUGCAUAGCUCUGCUUAAGGAUUUGCGCAUUAGAUAUUGAAGUCUGUGAGGUGAUGGGGAUACGAAAGGCCUAGUACAGCGGAGAAGAGUCUCAGUCUUGGAGGAGGCGUGCCAAGGACAGUGAUCGUCGUGAAGGGUAAGGCUUGUUAAGGAGGUCUAAACUAAGGAGAGGGCAGUCAGCGUUGUGAGGCUUUCUUCAUCAUUACUUUUGAAUCACAUUUUAAUUAAACGUGUUAAAAUUCACCCAGCAAUUGGUCUGCAUUUCUUAAAAAAAAAAAAAAAAGAUUUACAGAGAAGGUCAGAUGUAGCGGAAAGAUCAGCUCUUUUUACUACUUAAUACAAAUUCAGAUGAAAGGGUGUAAAGCCCCAUGAAAUGUUAAGUGACGAGUGUCUAACCUGUUGUUCCCUAAGUCUGUUCACCUCAUUCACCACGUAGACUCAGACUACAAGCUUCCUUUUCCCACUCUAAGUUACAUGGGCAGUUCUUGGUAUGAUGACGCAUUUCUUUGAACAAGCUUUUAAGUAUUUUUUUGAAAACUGGUUCUCGUUAUACUGAAGUCAUGAUUUUGAACUGCAUUGGCAGCAUCAGGAGAUGAGUUUGAAUCCUUGUUCCCUCUUGCUGUGUAGCCACAUUUUCAUGAUCCGUAAUAGUAAGGGGUAGUGCCUGUGUGCUGGGAAGUCGUAUUGUAAAAGACGCAGCACCGGGCGUGCCGCAGAGAGGGCAGUGGUGGGGGAAUGUUUUCUCUCCCAGCCAGCGCUCUCACACAGCGCAGGUUCCUAAGAAACCACCUGCCUUCGAAGACAGUGACCCUCAUGUUUGGGAAUCUCCACACUUACAUCUUCAGGGCCAGGAAAGACACAGUAGGCACUUGGGGAGCUGGCAGAACACUCCAUGUCCCCACCCCCUAGACAUAAAAAUCUUUAAGUUUUAUCUGGAAGAUAGGAAAUGGGUGAUUUUUUCCCUAAGUUUUUUUUUUUUAAGCUGGUUUUAUAGUUGACAAAAAGUUAUUUUCUGCCUUUUCUUUGGGGCCAAGAGGGACUUCUUUUUGAUAACUAUUCCCUUCAGGUUUUUCAGGACUUCUAGUUAUUGACUUUCAUAUUAAACAUAAUAGUUAUGAAUAGAUUAGGAUUUAUUUAUUUACUUAUUUACCAAAGUGCUGAUUUGAGUGACUACAGUGGGUUUGUGUUGUAGAAAGUUGUUUGUUCUAAGUUGGAAUUCUUGGUUUUUCUACCUUGUUUGGAUGUGAUUAACACUUAAAAAAAUAACAUUCAGCUCCACAGUGGGACAUUUUGCACAUUAAAAAAGUCUUUCAGUGAAAGAGUACACAUGAAACUCAAGCUUUAUUUUCUUCUCAAAGCUGGCCUGUUAUCUAGAUUUUUUUUCAUUAGUCAUGGUGAACACUUGUUGGAAAAAAGAAAGCUGACCUCUUCUACCUUUUCCUUAUACCUUUAGUUUUAUUAUUGUUGGGUCUCUGUUUCAAAAUACUUGUGAAUCCUUGUGCCUCCAAGUGAAGUGAGUCUUGUUGAAUUCCUGCCUAUUCUCUUAAAUCAGCUUGGCUAGGUAGACAUCUUCUGGGCCUUAAGAGUUCCCAGUGUGACGUCAGCAAUGCCUUUUACUGUAUCUGAGCUUCUCAACACUUUGUAGCAUGGUCUUGACAUUAAAAGCAACAUGGAAGGAACCUUUCUGCCAGAGUCAUCCAGAGCUGCCCCCCCCCGUGAACUGUGAAAUGUGUGCUGAGGAGCCCCAUUCUAGAGUCAUUUGUCCUAGGUAGUUAGGAAGUUCAGGCUCUUUUCAUCCCACUGUUAGUAUUCAUAGGUGUCAGACCCCUUCAGUCCAAGACCACCAGGAACACACUUGUAGUCGAACACGCUACUUGUAGCAGCGACACAGAUCAUAGGGAACCAUGGGGUAUCUCAGGAAGAGGGGGUUAUAAAGAUUGUAUUAUAGGAUGUGGGCUUUGGGUAAUUUGUGGAGGGUUCAAGGAGGUGAAGGGUGUUUGGUGUUUUGUGGCCUUGUAUUUGUUCCAAUGCAUCAUGAUCUCAGAGUGACUUAAUUUGAUGGAGAUGUAUUAGUGAGAUUGUCCAAAAGAAGAACAAAGUGGUUUAGCUGUAAAUGUUACCUCAGUUUGUAAUGACAUUGAGACUUAGCUGUGAGCAUCAGAUUAGUUCUAGAAGUGAGGGGCUGCUUUUCCCGUUCUUUAUCAGGAUUUAAAUCCCCUGACCUCUCCCUGUAGGAACCUGCUGGGGGAGGUGGGGAUUUAGCAGCAGUGACGCAGUGGGCAUGCCGCUGGACAGGCUGCACUGACGCUGACCAGGGCGAUUGGGAAGCAAGUUGCUCAUGCUGUUUUUCAGCUGGCUAGAAGGAGGCAGUGAGUGAAAUAGGAAUGUGUUCUUUUUAAGUGAGAUGAGUGAGUUUUCCUGCACUAAUCUCUAGGUGAUCCUGGGGUUUACCCCACUAAAUUUAGUGUCUAGGAUUAGUUUUUGUUUCUUUACACCUGGGAAGAGUCAGCUGUUCAUUUUCUAUAUUGUCUGUUAAUACAAAGCAGUAAACAGCAGAAGGAUUUUAAAGAAUUUUAAGACUUAUGAACUCUGUUACAUACCUUACAAGUAAAAAUUAAGAGAACAGUAAAAUUCCUUAUGAACUGUCAGGUUGACUUAAGGCAAACAAGGACUGUUUUCACAGCUGAGUGCAGCUGAGUCCUGUGCGCCAGAGAUGACGGAGAGGACGCUUGUUUACUCACUCAUUCAGGUAAUUGCCAUGUACUGUGUCAGGCUCGGUGCUAGGCCCUGGGCGUGGAGGACAGGGCCAGUCAUUCCUGCCCUCAUGAGCGUACAAAUGAUAGCUGGAGAUUUUGGGUUUAAAAGCAUCACUUUUAAUGGCAUCUUAAUUUCAUAUCUGUUCUAAAAUAAUUAUUACAUUGUUGUAUUAUAGUACCUAGAAGAAUAUUUCUAUGAUUAAUGACAUAGUUUUUAUAGAUUUUGUGACUUUAAAUGGUACUUUUUUAAAUCACACAUUUGUGGAGAAAGUUUUCUGCAGGUCUGGUGGUAUCUUUAAAAUGUGGAGGUCUUCAAAAUUUGUCUCCUAGAAAACUGGAAGAUACGCUUCCUCUGUCAUAUCUUUGAAUAAUAAAUUGAAGGUAUUCUUAAACUAUCUUUUUAUCAUUUGGAAAAAAUAGUUGAAACACUAGAAAAGUUAGGUUUGUAGUUAAUACUUAACUAUGAGUAGUAAAAGUCUAGGGCGCAUUGGGGUAUGUCACAGGAGGGAAUUCAGUGUCUGGCACCAUCGGACAAGCAAGACGUGUCACAGGCAAACCCAUCUUCAGGUGGGGACACGAGCCCUGCUUUUGGUCUGUAGAUUUUUCCUAUAGAAAUAAAAGAACAUUAAUUACAUUUUGUCACUGGAAUAUUUAUAGCAUCACUGAAGCUUUGAAUGUUUAUGAGAACCUCAGAAAACUUUGAGAAAGGAUGUAGGUGGCAAAGCUUUCUACAUCUUGGUGCUUUUGGUGGCGCACUGUUAGCACUAGAAUGUGGCUGAUUUGGACCAAACUGAGGAUAACUUUCCAGAAUAGGGUUUUCACUGAAAUACUAUUCCACACAGAGAAUGUUUUCAUUUUAGAUUUUAAACACUCUAUAAUGAAUUAUCAUUUAGAUCUUAUUUACUGGGGACAUAGUUUUGCACGAGGAUAGUCAUUCCAUAGUUCCCACAGAUUUCAUGACUGGCCAAGGAACUUACUACAUAAUCAUUUUUAUCAGUGGCUAAAUUAUGUAUAGAUGCCAGGAUACGCCUUUGUAUAAUUUAGGCACUUAGGCUUGUGGUGCAUUCUCUUGGUUAACAUUGCCGGGAUAAGGAUUUGUAUUUUGAGACUAGAUCUGUCUGGGCAGCAACCCACUUUUCAUGAUCCCCACAAAAUGCACUCUUCCUAUUAUUUAUGGUAACAAGUAGAUUUGCAUUUAUGUCUUCUCUCUAACUCCACUUACCAGAAAGAUUAAUGUAGAAUAGUAUCUAUUUACUGUGUCUUUUCAUAGUCAAUGAUGAGUGCAAGUCUAUUUGUAAUAUAUUAUUUUUUUCCUACAAAAUGGGAGGGACAAGUUCUUUUUUGUCUAUUGUUACCUUGAAGUUUUAAUAAGGGAACAUAGUGUACUUGCUGUUUACAAUGGUUAAGUGACAAGGAAGAAGAAAUUAUAAAUAUUAUCAAACCUCUUCUCCAGCUGCCCAGAAAUUUUAGGUGCAGCCGUAGUCUCUCCUUGGGGCAAUCUUUGUUUUUCCUUUGGGGUGCUUUAAGCAUAGCCCAUCCGAGAGCCAGCAGGUCCGCUUUGGAUCAGCUGUCACUGGGCAAGUCCGCCUCUCUCAGCACAUCUCCUCCUCUGCGCGGUGAGCGGGGCUGACGGCACCCACCUCACAGGGUUGUUGUGAGGACCCCAGAACUACGCAGAAGGCUCUUUUCCUGCUGCAUGCAUUGAAUGUUGGUUGCUUAAGUUAUACGUGUGCAAAGGAAGAUGCUAAAAAGCAUUUAGGGUGUAAAGAAAGUAACAUUUAAUUUAAGGGGAGGUUGGAAUUGAUUAGGAAAGGUAUAAAGGAUUUAGUGAAAAGGAGAUGACUAGAUUUAGAGUUGGGAUGGGACAUCAUGUAUGAUUAUCCUGUUUUCCGUAGUGACUCAGUUUUAGAAGUGUCACUGAUAAAAUUAAUUGUAUUGAAAGCCACAUUUAAAUAAAUAACAUUGUAUUGAAAUGGAACUAUGACUUAUUUUUUAAAGCUGUAUUUAUGAAAGUCCUCGUACUUUCCUUCCAGUGUCAUCUCGGAACCACAGUAUUACCUUAAAGCGGUUCUUCACUCCAACCCCCCGUAGUGUCCCCAGAGUUGCCUUUUCCUUUAGUUCUUGCUUGCUUGCUUCUUCUUUGAAUAGAUUUUGACUCUUUCCUGAGAACCACUAGCUGUUUGUGUUUUUUUUUAGUUCUAUACAGGUAGAUUCAUACUUGAUGUGUAGAAGAUACACUGAGUUUUUCUAUAGAUUUAUGGGAGAGUAUUUAUUCCUUCCAUUGUCACUUUUUUUUACUAGGUUUACAUUAUCUUGAAAAAACAUAAAGGCUAAAAAUAAUAUAUCUUUAUGGUAUGAGUUGUUUAUUUGAGCAUUUUUAGUAGGCACUUUAAGUUUGAUCAAAAUCAAAUCCUCCGUUGUUAGAGAUACUUAAAUAACUAGCACCGUGGUCACAUUGUAAGUCCGCAGUUCUGUUAUUUUUCAGUCUUGGAUUGUCUCCUUUCAUGGCUGCCUUGCUAAAAAUGAGCAGUGAGGUAAAACUCACGCUUCAAGCACAGUUAAGGUGGAGAAACCUUCAUUCUGCCAGUUUCUUGGUUUGUGUUGAGUGUGAGGGCUGAAUGAGAAAGAACAGAAGCUGACAACUCCACAUACCCCUGCACCCCAUGCCAAGAACUCUGUGGCCCCUCAGCCCCACAUGACGCCACCCCACAGAGCACAGACUGCAGUGCACUGCAGACGCCUGCCCGGUGCACGUUCUCUCUGGAAAAUACGAUGACACAAGGCAGGGGUUUGUGUGUGCUUGACUGGUAAAGACAUGUAUGAACUGUGGUCCUGCAUAUGCACAAGUGUGUUCUUCAGAAUACCACCACGAGACUGAAGCCAACUGUCGGUGUGUGUCUUUUAAAAAGUGUUCCCACUAGUUCAAAUGGAUUUACUGCCACGUCUUGUCCUGUCACCAGGAAGAUGACAGAUGAGUACAAAAGCAGGCUGAUUGCAUAACAAUGACCUGGUUGGGGAUAUCACUUGCAACACUGGCUUUGUUAGCAGGGCUAUUCCCUGACCAGCCAAGCUGAAGACAUAUGCAAUAUUAAGGUGCAUUUUUUUUUCAUCAGUCACACAUGGCAACAAGUAUAUUCAGUGUGUCAAUGGAAGUAAGAUUUGGAGAGAAUUGUAAGGUCUGGGUGCACACAUUCCCACUCUGCCAUACGGCAGGCAGUGGAGGGGGGAACGCAGGGGUGGAAAGGUAAGGAAAGAAGUGAGUGGGACUAAUGUUGAAAUUGCUCUCUUGAGAAUUUUCUGCCUUUUACAAAGAUCAUAAACAUUCACAAAGUUCAAAUAUUUAGAAGUAAAAAGUGUCUUCCCCUCCCCUCUUCCAGUUUCAAAUCUAGAGGUCAUCACUAUAAUAGUUGGUUGUGUGUGUUUCCACAAUUCUUACACAUAUACAAAAAGUACUAAAAAAAACCUACACGAGAUGGUGUUACACUACAUACAUUCUUCGCUACUUACUUUUUCACGACACAGUACAGCCUUGUCAUCUUGCCUGGCAUUGCCCCAGCCUGUCUCAGAUGAAGACUCUGUCACCCUCCUUACCGUGUUUUUGCCAUUCCUGCUUAACCAUCCUCAUCGGUAGGUACUUAGGACUCGCAAGGGGUGUUGGCUGAGACAGCUGUGCACUAGCCCUCCUGGGACCUUUGUGUUUGUUCCCGCUCAUGGGGGUUUUCCCUUAGGGUAGACUCCUAAUGAACAACUUGAUGGAUCAGAGUAUGAAUGUGGAAGCUUGGGAAGGUACUUACAAGUUGUCUUCCCCAUCCUGGAGUCGCUAAUAAGCACGUGUAAGAAUGUUGAGGUCUAGCCAAAAACUCUGCUGAUAACAGAGCAUUAACAAUUUAGGAAAUUUCCACCAUUUAAAAAUGUAGCCUUAUUUUUAAAAAUUAUAGGUAACAUGUAUACAUGGUAAUACCUUUUCUCCAACACCAUAGGGAGAUGGAAUUUGAAAUGUAAAAACCUGCCAAUCCUUUGCUACUUCAGAGAUAAUUUUUUUAAACUAAUUGAUCUAUUUUUAUUCCUGUGAUCACCAUCAGAAUUCAGAGUAAUCUAUUUCUUGUUCUCGGUUCAUCUGGCGGAUACAGUGUUUCCCCACUUCCCUGUCAUAAAAGAUGAGGCACGUUGUGAAGUUGUACCACCAACUGUGCUUUCUACCGCCUGGGUUUUGUUAUUGUGAAUUGUAGUUUUGAUGAUUUCCUUUAUAGCUUCAAGUGUUCUUAGUUCUUUAUUUUGGGGGCCACCAACUUAGGCAACAUCCCCUGACUUACCAUGGUACAUAAGGAUGUCUAUGUCCCUCAAUGUCUUUCUACUUCUCCCCCUUUUAUCUCCUUUAAACACUGUCAAGGGCUUUGUAACCAUUUAAAAUUCUGAAACAUAAAAACCAAUAAUAAGUAGUAUUGCUACUAUAAAUGAUACUGUUGACCAUGGAACCAAGUAGUAUAAUCAAGUAGAUGAUGCUAAACCCUGUGGUAGAUAAAGUUGUUCUACUUGAAGAAUUUCAAAAUCAAGUGAGAUGCUGUUUUCUUAGAUCAUCCUAUAAACCGUUGAAUGUAAUGCCACAUUUUAGUUUGUUUCAGUUUUUCUUGUAAUUUCUAAUUAAUUUCUCUUUUCUUAAUGCCACUAAAAGCUUAAUCACAGUACAUUAAAAAUUUUCUACUUUUGCAAUUGCAGUAAAUAGAUUUGGUUUUAUUUGUGAAGAUGUCCUUCACCAGGUUCUCUGGCUCCUGCUCUAGUUCCUGGGCCUGCGAUUGCAGUCGCACUGGGAUUUCUCUGCCUUUCCCUGUUAAGUCCACUCUGUUUUUUUUUUUUUUUCAGUUUAGUUGAAAGUACAUUUUCAAAAAAAAUUUCAGAUAAAGUGCUUUGGGAAUAAGUUUAAAAACUCAUGUUCAGAGACGUCUGUAAUUUGCCAUCAUAUCUGACUCAUAGCUGUCUGGGUUUCGAGUUCUUGGUCUGAAAUCCUUUUCCCGUGGGAUGUGGAAGGUCUCUGCUAUGUUCUGUCAGUUCUGCUAAUGAGAAGUCAGGUGCUAUUCUGAGUCAUUAUUUUGUAUGUAACCUGGUUUUCCCCUCUGAAUGCUUUUCAAAUGAUCUCCUUUUCUCUCUGAACUUUUUUUUUUUAUUGUGGGAAUAAGUGUUAAGUAUUUUAAACUUCAUCUUUCUUGGCUCCCUUUAAUCUGCAAUCUCAAAUUCUUAUUCCAGCCAAAACGUUUUCCUUCUUUUGAUGAUCAUUUCCCAUUGUCCCUGCUUGAACUCUUUAGUAAGUGAGCCUUGGGCCUUUGGAGCUGCCUACCUCGUGUUACCUUUUCUUUCCUAUUUCAUGUUUCUGUCCUUUCCUCGAAGUGUUGGGAGACUUCUUCUAUUUUAUCUUCCAGAAUACUUUCUCCUGUCAUGUCCAGUCUGUUAUUCAGCCCUUUGGAUGACUCUUUUAUCCACUGCAUGUUUAAUUUCCAAGACCUAGUCGUUCUCUGUGUUCUUUUCGUUUUUCGUAGUGGCAUGUUUCUUUUGUUUGUUUAAGUGAAUAUACCCCUUAAACCUUCUAGCGUAGUAACUGAAGGGUUUGUGUGUGUUUUCCUGUUCCUAUUUGUUUUCCCUGGGAACACUUAAUCUGUGCCAUUUUCGCCUUUUUCUUCCUGUUUUAUUUUUCAGAGAUGUCUGUCCAGUGAUUCUUAGUUGGCCAGAUAUUUGGAUGAAGAUUUGUAUUGGUCAGUAAAAGCUGCUUUCUUGCCUUUUUUGGCAGUUGAGUAAAUCCAUUUACCUGAAGUCUCGUCCUCUGGCUAAUAGACCUCACCGUGAGCUGCGUGUGUGUCUGUUUCCUUCUGUGAGCUGGGUGGGGAAGGACAAGCUUGGAGUGAACGAGUGACCGCCCUUAUUGCCACAGCAAGGGGGUUAUCCUCUGAGGUGCUUCUCCCUCUUGGGUGGAGCUGCCCCUCCCCUCCCUCUCCCUUCCUGCCUUCCCUUUCCCAGCGCUUCUCGCUUCCCCUUUCUCUCUCUCCCCUUUGCUUCAGGGUCACAGGGUAGCAUUGCCACAGAAUUCAUGCUGCUUUCCUCUCCAGCCUUAAAACCUGUUUGGGGAUUUCUUCCGAGGUUUAGUUUUGCUUUGGAAAGCAGUUGUUCGUAGUUGAGGGCAGCUAUAUAAACAUAUUAAAAUUAGAAGGCAGGGCCUGGACAUGUCUGUGGAGAGUUCUGGAAUUACCUCAUUACAGCCCUAACAGAUUUCUGUGUAUUGUGGGUUUUAUUUUUCUCUGCUCUGGUUUAUUCAUCAGUAUUAGUCCAUCUAUUUUUGGAUGAAUCCUACAUCUGGGUUGAAGUUUUUUGAAAUUUUCAUGAAAUUUGUGGUCAAUACCAUUUUGUGAAAUAAAUGUACCCACUGUAAACCUUUGAAAGUAAUUUAAGAGGCUUGUAUAUCAUUUCACUUGGUACCAAAAUCAUGAUUUAUUCCAAGACAUAACUCCUUUUUCACAUUAGUGACCUUGAAACUAUUUCCCUUCAAAAUAACCUGGUAUGCUUCCUACUUCUGUCAUUUCUCCAUUUCUUAAGUGAUGUUUUGUAUUUAAGUUUCUAAUAUGUAUCUGAAGCUUAAGGUAAUCCAUGGCAUUGGGGAAUUUAGAGGUGAGUGAUCAGUUAAAAUAACUGAAAGGUACUUGAGUUAAACCUAGUAUUUUUCCUGGAGGUUCCUUUUUCCUAGAAAGGAGGUAAUACUCUUUUAAAUAGAAAACCUGUGCAGAGAAUCAUCAAACAAGUACUCCACAAAUACAACAGAAGUGAUUAGUGUCUCACUAUUAGAAACUGCAUUUUAGGCUAGUAGAACCAAUAUACAUCAAAAGUGUUACCAGUCUUUCUUAAUGACCAAAAACAUAGGCAAAAUAAGAAGGGCAAUAAUGGCCCCGAUUUUAGGUCUUCUAGUUUGGAGACAUAAACAACAUUAAUUCAAGUCUAGUACUUGAGUUGGAUAUUUGUAUUUAGAACUCGAUAUUCUUUUUUUAGGGGUCAUUUGAAACUGAAAUGUAGUCAAGUCUCACAUUGGGGAAGUACUUUCCAAUCAAGCCAUUCUGUGCUCCCCUUACUCUCUUUGUAAUGGCAGAAGCUCUUGCCGGAUAACUAACUGUGUAAUGGAAAUCCCUGUCUCCGUGGAGAGCCUUUCCAGGGCAGAGACAGGAUUCAAAUAAGAGCUUUUAUUUAUUGACUGUUCAAACUGUAUCUAGGCAUGAUGCUAAAAGCUUCAUUUAUUUCAUUUAAUUCCUGAAACAACCCAGUAAUGGAGCACUUUCCAUUUUACACACAAAAAUAUUAAGGCUUGACAAGGAUUAAGUAUAUUACACAAUGCUGUAACUGGCAAAUGACAUUUGAAGUUUGAAUAGAUCAUGUUUACUCCAAAUUUUUUACAUUGUGUAGCUUGUGAGCACUAAACAUAGCACCUAUGUGAGUUAAAUUAUAUUUAACAUAUCCUUUUAUUGAUUCCAGAUAAAACUAUUUGACACUUGUACCUGUGCUCCUAUUAGAGAAAGCUAAUUUCAUCUCUGGUGAUUUCCUCCUGUGGGAGUGAAGUAUAGGAAUUGUAUUGGGAAAUGAGAAUUUUUAUGAUUCACUCUUAAUGCUGCUCAGGGAGGAGGGCAGAAUGAACCAUUGUUUUAUUCUAAAAAUACACUUGGUUUUUAAUACAAUGUAUGUAGAUGGGGUUUUUUGUUUUUUUUUUUGCUUGCUCUCUGGGCUUUUUCUUGCUCAUUCAUUCAAUAAAGUACAAGAAGGUGGCAGAUUUUAAACACCUCCACAAGGAAAUAGUAUGUCAAGUUUAAUAUAUGAACCGGUUUGUAUGUUCACAUCUCAAUAAUAAGCAUUACCUGGUCUCCACAGUUCUAGAAUGUAAAGAUCUUUUUCUUUCAGAGACUUAUGGACAAAAUUUAAAAACUCAAUGUUUUCAUUUCAUUUCAUGCUUAACAUUUACAAUGAGGCUUCGGCUGGACAGUGAAUCCAGAUUCAGCGGGUUUUCCCCUCUUCAGCCCUGUCACCGCCCCCUCGAUUGCCAGUGUUUCGCGAGAAGUCUCGUGGUGGCCCGUGGGGCACCCACCCCUCUAGUGGGAUGUGUCUGCAUCUUCCUCCUGAUUGGUUUUGGGCUUGGGGAAGGCGUAGAGGUGAGGUGCCAUCCUCGCCUCCCGAGAGCAGGGGUGCGCGCUGUUUGACCACCGGCCGAGGCGGUGUCAGCGCCUCCGUGCGAGGCUCCCUGGGCCGCCCUUGGGAGGGGGGCUGCACCUCAGAGGUGGGGCAGCUACGCAAGUUACUGGAUACUUGCACACAGGAGAGAUUUAACUCUUUUCCCCCUCUUAUUUACUCGGUUAUUUCUAUCACUGGACUAAAGAGUAUUUGUUUAUUGGUAUAUGCUAUUUACUGUGGUGGAAACUAGGUAAUAUAACCAGCUCCUGGUUGAGGUUUUCUCAGUUAUCUUAUUCCUGCUUCGGAACAAGUGGAGAUAGUCAUCAAGAUCCAGUUGGAGUGUAAUGCCGUCUCAGAUAACGCAACAGAAACAAUUCUUAGUAAGAGCUAGAGAUUACAGUCUGCUGGGGAUCCUGUGGUAGGCCCCUUGCCCCAGCAGUAUUCAGGGAUUCAUGUCACCUUGUUCUGAUCCAGGUAAAUUUCCACACCUUUAUCAUUGUUACCUUUCUUCUUGCAAGAGGUGAGUAGUUGAGAUGGACAGGACUCUGUAGGGAGCUGGCCUCAUCUACAGAGACGUGCAGCCAUGCCCAGGGUUCUGGCAGAACACACGAGAUUCCGAAUACAGUUGGUGGGGUGCCUGGCUGCGAUGACUGUGGGGGACAGUACUUCCACGUCGGCCAGGAUUAUUUUUUGUUUUUAUGUAUUUAAACUUUCAGCUUUAGAACACAGUGGCCUUAAUCUGGCUAAUUGAGGAUAAACCAAUUUACUUUUUACCUUGUUUUCAGAAGGAAUCCUUGACCUAGAAGUGCCCUGACAUAAUUAAAAUGUCUUGUUUUCCUUUUUGGUUCUAUUUUUUCUUGAUUAGGGGUUUCAACCAUAGCUUCUCUUCAUUCUUGAACAGAAUAUCUGCUGGCACUGAAAACUUUAUUAUUAUUAAAGUAUAGGUGUGAUUCUUCCUGGUAGUCCUACUAUUGCCAGAUUCCUGUAAUUUAAAGGUUUUUUUGCUUUGUUUUUACAAUUUCUUUCUGGUUUCUCAAGUGAUAACAUACACUUCUUGGCCCUUUAAAAGAGCAAUACCAUCUGUAUAUCACUAUUGAUUUAUGAAUGGGGGCAAAAAUGUUUACUGGAGAACCUCCGGCUGCUAGUGACACACACACACCGGUGUGCUCCUCCCUAGGAAGGACCUUGCUGUGGGUUUCUGCAUUGUGUGUGGGACACCAAGUAUCUCAUCUCAGACGUGGCUGAGGUGCUCGCUGAUAGAUGGUUGUUCACAUACAGCAAUGGGGAGAGUACAGCAGCAGUGAGGCAGGAAGAAUGGUUUGGUGCUGGCAUCCUUCCCUUUAAGCUUUGAUAAAUAUUCUCUAAAAUAGCCUUGUUAUUUUGGACUACUUAUAAUUAAAAAACAAACAAGAAGAAUUUGCUGGCACAGAAUGUGCUUUUGUCUGGUUAUUGUAAAAAGAAUAUAGGGAAUUAACAUACCUAUAUAUUGUCAGGCAAUGUUUCGGGAGAAAAAAAUGUAGAUAUUCCUUUUACAUCAGUCAUGUCCUGAUUGCUUUUCUACCUUUCAUAAUCUUCAAGAUUGUUCUAAAUAUAAUCUUUAAACUUGACCCAAAUGGGAAUUGUGCUUUUUCUCUGUUUACUCCCUUUCCCCCACAUUGUAUAAGUUCAACAGCUGUCUGACAUGUAAGUUUAGGCAAAACUUAGUCCUGUAUCUUCUUAGUGGACUGAGAAACUACAGUUUAGUCAUAUAUUCGUAAAAAUUUUACUUCUGAUGCCAAAAGUAGUUACAUGGCAUUUAUCUUAUGAACUGUAUGCUUUUUGAAUUUUUAACCUACUUGACAGUUUCUUUAGGUCAGCUUUUGUCUUCCAUAUAAAUACAUGGUACCAAUAAAUAGAACCCAUUUUACUUGCAUAUGCACAUGAGAUGUGUUGACUUAAGUAGGAGAUGGCAAAUUUAUGAUGCAUCCACCUUCUACCAUUUGCAGUUUUAUGUUUAUAUACUGGAUGCUUUUCUGACAUUAUGCAUUUCACAAUUUUUAUAACCUGAUAAACACUUCUUAGUUACACUCAACUUUGCCAAAUCCUUACAUUUUCCCAUACUUGUUUCUAAAAUUUUUUAAAGUCCGUAUUACAGAUACAGAUAAAGGUCCCUUUAUGUACCCCUUCCCAGUGCCCUUUUCUUUCCCAGAGGUUUUUCACUUGUCCUGAAUAUUAGGUUUAUCAUUGCCAAACAAUAAAGUAGCAUUUCAGAAUUUCCCAGACUGAGCUUCUGAGAAACUUGAAGAGCCCUGAGAAAGAAAAGACUCCAGGGUCUCAUUUUCACCUGCAGAUCUGUAAUACAUAGUGAAGGCACUGAGGGCUCUCAAACAGUGAAAUUCAGCACAGAACGCCACACACAAUGCUGUGCACUGUUGCCUGGAAUGUGCUUGGUGAAAACACUGCCUAGAGGUGUACCCUUUUUCAAGAACUAACUUUCCAUUUUAUCAUUUUUUUUAUUAAUGUAACUAUAGAUUAGAUGACAGAGACUAAUAGAAAUCGCUUCCAAUUGAUGUUGCCUGUCAGGUCAAGUUUAAAAUCAUUUUGUGAAAAAGGAAGGUAAAAUGUACAUACUCAUUGAUCAGUGCAUAAGUUAUGCUCCUUAAUUUUUAAAAUUCUUGAGCUUCCUGAUAUAGUGAAGUGUCUGGCUGUGGACCAUGGCUAUACAUACACUUUACCUUAAACUGAUCUGUUACAUUUUAUGUUCUUGUGGCUGGAAGUAGCCUGAGUUUGCUGUUAAUGUUUGACACCUUUUCCUGAGUAACAGUUCUUCAACUGUCAAUGUUGUACAAGAUGGUACUUGAAUUCUUUGUUUGCCUCUUUAUUUCCUGUACUAGAAAAUCUUGGUGCUUUUUGUAAGUUAUGUAUAAAAGACAUUUUCUUAAGACUUGUUCAUAUGAUGAUUGAUCCAGGAAAAAUAAAAUGGGAAAAUGGACACUA